GUAUGUACAUAUACAUGUAUAUAUGCAUAUAUAUGUACGUUUCUAUUAAAAAUAUAUAUGUACAUUUCUAUUAAACGUCAAAAACAAAGAAAAAUUGCUAGAUCUUGUCCACAAAAUGAAAGGUAGCGAAAGGAAAACGGAAAAUUCGCAUCGUACAGGAUCAUUAAUACAUAUAUCGCGAUGCGCAUCCUUGGUCAAUACGCUUGAUCUUGUAAUAAAAUAGUGAUUUGAAAAAUUCAAUACGCGAGUGCAAUCGAUGUGGCAAUAUUAUUCGUGUUAAUUUUAGAAUAAAACGAAACGAAACGAAAGGAAAUGAAAUGAAAUGAAAUGAAAUGAAAUGAAAUGAAAUGAAAUGAAAUGAAACGAAAUGAAAUGAAAUGAAAUGAAAUGAAAUGAAAUGAAAUAAAAUAAAAUGAAAUGAAAUGAAUUGAAAUCUCUGAUUUAGCGAUAUUUGUGUGACGGGCCAUUAGAUUAAUUCGCUAUUGGGAUACCCGAAUAUUUCGUAAGGCGAACAAAACGAGACGCGAGCGAGCGUGUUGAUCGAAAAUUUCUAGCGAUACCACAUAUAGAGCAAAUACCAAACGUCAGAAAUUCAUAAUAUAAUAGACUUGUUACGUUCGUAGAUUAUAUUAUCGAAUAUCUAUGAUUGACGAUGUAGAGGACGAGCGCUUUCGAGAACGAAAUCGGACGACAACGUGAUAUCGUUUUGCAAAAGUAUUAAGACAGGAGUAUUCUGAUUGGUGAAAUCUAUAGAGCGAUAAUCUUGAUACGGAUAUGGAUCCGUAGUUGCAACGUCUUACUUAUAUCUGUUAUAUCUAGCAUCGGUCAAGGUUACUACAUAUUCACCCUGUCGCGUCGUCGCGACGCGUCGCGUCACGGCGUUGGCAACGGGAAUGGAAACGAGCCGGCUCCCAGGUCAUCUCCACGAAUAACGCACCGAACGUUUCUUUCUUUAUUAAUGUCUAUCGUUCAUCUCUAACUGAAUUUCUGUCAAGUUAAUUACAUUCGGAAAAUAAAUUACACGGUAUGAUUACGAUUAAGCAUUUAAGAUAUAAUAACACGUCAUAUGGACAUGGACUGAUAUCGUAGAUGCAAGCCACAAUAGGAUUCCUAAUACGUGUUUAUCUUUCCGAUAAAGUAUUUCAUUGUAGCAUAUCAAUUACGACGUUUGCACCGAGGUAGACGCAUAAAACGAAUUAAGUCGAAGGUUCUUAUCGAAUAAGGGUAACAUAGAAAACUGUUAUGACAAGUUUUGAUAUUUCAAACAGGAUACAUCUGUUAACUCUUAACUUUAGGAGAAGCAUAUAUAUAUAUACAACAUACAAAAAGCGUAAGAAUGCUUUCACGAAGAAGAGACGAAUGCGAUUUGCUGUGAAACUCGAUACUAAUGAUAGAUUGUCGUGCACGCGCAAUCUUGCCCCUUUUUGAACGCACGGAAGAAAAGAAAAGUUUUGCACGACCUAAUUUUGAAGCUUUUGAAAGUUCGGUAGAGGGUCAAUUAUAAAUACCGUCUCGCUUAGUGCUUUAGUCGGUUGAAUGUUAAAGUCGUCCAGUCUUUCACGCUUUUCACGCUUUUCGAGCAUCGUUUGCUCUGUUUUAAGCAAAAAAGCUCGACCAGAGACUAUUAUGCAUAGAAGAAUCUUGGAAUCGAGCAGGAGAGUAGUAGAGGUUAUCGAAAUUACCGUGCAUUAAAGAAACAUGCGGUACAAUGGUAUCGGCACACAGUGAAAAGAAAAACAACUACUCAACGAUUUACGCGGUAACGUAACUGGAAACGAUGGGAACUACCCGUCUGAUAUUUUCUGCGAUUAAACAUCCAUAAAUAGCAAUUAGUUUAUUGACGAGUUUGAGACUUUGUAAACUUUGAAUGAUUCGGUAAUGCGUUUAUUUUGUCUCGUUCAACCUACUCGUUAUAUUAUUAUUAUUCAUAGCUAUAAUAAUCGAUCAUUAACCGGAUCGGUGAGUUUAUACGCGCUUGGUUAAACGUUGAUCGCGGAGUAAAAAGGUGAACAACUGCGAACCAACAUCCGCUACCGUGAUCGAGGGGAAAAUCUUUUGUUUAGCGAACGUGAUUUUAAUCACAAGGUUAAUAAUUAAUUAGGUUGUUUGAAAUGUUCCGAUGAUAAGACCACUCGAAAUUAUGCCAAGCUCGAUUAUGUGACGCAUCAUUUAAUUUAACAUAGACUGAUAAUGAAUUAUAAGGAAAAGUGAAACGGUCGAACGGUAUCCGCAUUUAGUGUUCCACGAAUACGGGGAAAGCCGGGGAUUCAUUGAAAGGUUAAUAUGCUAUGCUGUAGUACGGUUUAAUGGGUUGUUUACAUGUUAAAGCACGUAACACCUACGCGCUUGUCCAGUUUCUUAUCAUGGGAAAAACCAAUCUGGUUAUGUACGUAACAAUUGAGCAUCCAUGCACUGCACCUCUUUCGCUAUGAAAACGGAUUAUGCAUAGCAGAAACAGGAAGGAAGAAGGGAGGCGAAGAGGACAGACUAUAAAGAAAUUAAAUACAUAGGAUAAAAUAUGAUGGCUAUAAAUGACCAAAGAAACGAGAAGGAGGUGAAAAAUAUCAUUGGUAUUGAUUAGUUGGAGAAAUAUAAUCGACAGAGAGCUGGGUAAUAUGCAAUAUCGUUGCGGUGUCACCGUGUUAUUUAUUCUUGGCAUGUCCUCGGCAAGCACCAACUCCCCUCCUGUGUAGAGCGUAGAUAAUGGGAAAUUUGUGGAAACGAGAGGAGCAAAGGGUAACUUAGCAUGGAGCGAAAGGACGUAAUUCUAACAGCAGUUUUUGGAACAGUGGGAGGUCUAGCGAUAUUGGUGGUUUUUGGUAUGGCAGCGUGGCUUUAUCUUCGAACGAAAAAAUCGAAACGGCGGGACAAUGAUCUCGAACCACAGAGCGAACAUGGGGAUAGUUUCAACGAUAAGCGACAUGGAAAACCAGCUAAGAGAAAUGGUCUUUUAAAUCUCAGGACACCUUUAAUCAGUACAAAAUCUUUCGGAGCGCAAUUGGAGACAACCGAUAGCCCGGCGAACAAACCAACAACAUCGACAAGUGGAGGUGGAGCGGCGGGAACUAGCGGUUCAAGCGGUUUGACGACGAGCGGGGCAACCGCGGGAGCUAGCGGAUCGGGGUCUGGCGUGGGAGCCGCGUCUGGUAUCGGAAAUGCGAACGCAGGAACGAGCGGGAUGGGCGCCGGGGCGAACGCGGCUUCCCUCGGCGGGACUAGUAGCGGGUCGGCCGCUGGAACGGCCGAACCUCGCACUCCCACCGCCGGAGUGCAAAACAAACAGCUGCAAAACGUCAAAGGAGAUCAUCCGUCGAAAGCGUUUCUGCAGAGCAGAUCGAUGUCUUUGGUGGACAUGUACAUCGAUAAUUCAGAACCCAGCGAGAAUGUUGGUCAAAUACACUUCAGCUUGGAAUAUGAUUUUCAAAACACUACGCUUAUCUUACGUAUUAUACAGGGUAAAGAUUUGCCGGCAAAGGACUUAUCCGGGACGUCCGAUCCUUACGUCCGCGUAACCCUUCUGCCGGACAAGAAACACCGACUAGAGACGAAGAUAAAGAGACGCACGCUAAAUCCUCGAUGGAACGAAACAUUUUAUUUCGAAGGUUUCCCGAUUCAAAAGUUACAAAGCAGAGUGUUGCAUUUACACGUGUUCGACUACGAUCGAUUUUCCAGGGACGAUUCUAUCGGAGAAAUGUUUCUUCCGCUAUGUCAGGUUGACUUUUCGGACAAACCGUCGUUUUGGAAAGCCCUGAAACCACCGGCGAAGGAUAAGUGCGGCGAAUUAUUGUGUUCUUUGUGUUAUCAUCCGAGCAAUUCCGUACUCACUUUGACGCUUUUGAAAGCGAGAAACUUGAAAGCAAAAGAUAUUAACGGAAAAUCAGAUCCAUAUGUAAAAGUAUGGUUGCAAUUCGGCGACAAGAGGAUCGAAAAACGGAAGACACCUAUAUUUAAAUGUACUCUGAAUCCAGUAUUCAACGAAGCAUUUUCUUUUAAUGUACCAUGGGAAAAGAUUCGAGAAUGUUCGUUGGACGUAAUGGUGAUGGACUUCGAUAACAUCGGUCGAAACGAGUUGAUUGGACGGAUUCAACUUGCAGGAAAAAACGGCAGUGGAGCGAGCGAAACGAAACACUGGCAAGAUAUGAUUACGAAGCCGCGGCAGACGAUCGUACAAUGGCAUCGACUAAAGCCAGAGUAAAGGUUUGAACGUAUCUGGUGCUACUUGUAUACGUUACGAGCACAUUGGAAAUCGUCGAUCAAACCUAGACCUGUAACAUCGAGAGUAUCUUCCGAAUUCUCGAGCCCCUUUAAUUUUGCCACUAUUUCGCGUCGUCUUUUUCUUUUCUUUACUUUCCUCUUUUUUUCAUUUUCCGCUAUCUCUUUGUUUUCUUCUUCUCUUAUAUAUCCUCUUCCCGUUUUUUUAUUUCCUACUUCGCAUAAAAUCGAUCAAAAUCUACCGAGAUAUUUGGUAGGAUUUCGAGGUGCCUGUUGAUUUCGAUUCACGCAUUUUUCGCAGUCGAGUUUCGUGUCGAAUCGAAAGUGACAGACAUUCUGUCGGCUUACCCAUACAAAUAUAGUUCACUACGUGGCGUUCCGUUUGGUUUCAUGCGACGACGUUCUUCCGUAUAAAAAAACACGGAGGAGAUCAACGGUAUUCUAGCUUCUUUAUUUUCCCUCGAUUGCUCUAUCGGUUGGCUGGAAAUGGGAAAGAGAACGGAGGAAAGGUCAAGCGUCCAUAUCGAGCGAAAGAAAGAUUCCCCUUUCCCCAGGAUACUUAUGGGCAGAAACUGUUUCUGUACGUUGCGUUACGAUCGAACCAUUUUCUCCGGCGCAACGUCGAUAUUUCCUGUCGGUUAGUUCUUUGUCCUCCUUUUUCUUCAUGCACGACAACGAUUCACGACGAAUAUAUAUCCGUAUUCAGCUCCCUCGCGCGAACGAUAACGAGCUCGUUCUCACGCGAGAUCGUGUGCCGCGAUGUUUGAACAUACCGAUAUACGUUUCGAGCGAACGACGAGACGCCCGAAACAGCGACCGAUCGAUAUUACUUUCGCGACUCUAUUGACAUUUAACAUCGAACAUUAUUUUUAUGAGUGUUUUGCACGAGUAAGUACGUACUGAGUACGUAAUACCGUUGCUUCGAAAUACGUUGAUGCGAUUCAGCGUCAACCUCGUCCCUGUUUCCCGUAUAUUCAUCCGGUGUCUUUCGAUUCUACCAGCAGAUAUCAGAGCGUUACGACAAAAAAAAGAAAUGUCUGCUCGUCUACCAAUUUUUAAAAAAUUUCCCUUUAUCACGCGCUUUCUGUUUCAUCCUUUUGCCCCGAUUUCAUGAUUUCUUAUUUUCGAGUCGGCCAUUAAACUCAAUAGAUUAGCAUCUUGUCCAUUGUUGACCGAAGGUAGAACCAAACUCGGUCAUCUUCUUUCCCCUUUAGUCGCGUUCCCACGAUAUCCUACGUUUCGACUGUUCCGAUUGUUUCGAGACCUCUAUGUGUCAAAAACAAGGUCGCGCUCUUUUUCUUCUAAUUUUUUCUUCUUCCUUCUCAUUUCUGUUUCUUUUCCCUUCGUUAUAUCCGUUGGUUAUUUGGUAGCGUGCAAUUGCUCAUCGCGUACGUGUACGAAUGAUCGAAACGGGGGAACACCGGAAUAUAAUAUUGAAUUCUUAUAAGUAGAAACCAUAAAGCAGCGAUAUUUUUGACGGAAUUUUUGUAUCGACCUAGUCGGAAAUCUUUUGAAAGCGAUAAAAAUUGUGAUCGGUGUUACACCUUGAAUUAAUCUUAAGCGUUACAUUCGAUAGUUUGCUGUUGUUGACGAUAACACGUAGAGAUAUCCCCGAGAUAAAAUUGGGACGACGAUUUGCAGAUUUUGCAUACAUUAUACAUACAUACAUACGUAUAUUCGCAUUCGAAAAGUGUGCGUGUACAUGUGCGUUUGCAUAUACGUGGCGUAUCUGUGUGCGCAACUGCGUUCAUCUCGGUAUAUGUGUAGAGUCGAAUGUGCAGUGCGUCGUGAAACGAAAGUAAAACACCGACAGUGGUAGAGAAUAUGUAGUUGUUGGCAAAGCGAGGGGCGUCGCGUAGCGUGUUUAGCGUAGUGCUUUUACGUUACAAGCGUAGAUGCGAUUUGCGGCUCGAAAACGUCGUACUCGAUGUCGCGGCAAACACAUGCUCCGAGCAGCGUGGUCGACGAAUAUUUUUACAUUCAGUGGUUUUACAAUCUAACGAAUAGCUAGAUAGUCGAGUGUGAAUAAAAACCGAGCUGCUUCUUAAAUGAGCUACGUACCACGCCAGCGAGAUCGAGCGACGACUUUGUACGCGACGCGGGAUACAUCCGAUUCCUCUCUCGCGUACGUGUCAAUAUCGUCUAAUCUUACAUCGAUCUUGUUCGAUCGCACGCACGCACAAACGUACGUAAGUAUGUACGUACUUACGCAUGCAUGCACGUAUACACGCGCGCACGCACACAUGCACGCAGGAACGCAUACAUAUACACGAACGCACACACCUGCAUAUGAAGUAGGUCAAACAUUUGCACGCAUACGCAUCGCACAUGUGUGUACACCUAAUUAUCGAGUAGCACAAAAACCAGUUAGACUAACGUUUGUAUAUCGUAGCCUGUGUAUUAUACCGUUACGCAACCGUUGAAAUGCAAAAUGCAAAAUGCAACACGAAACAUUACGAUUUCGCAUAAACCUGUUAGAAAAAAGAAAAAAGAAAAAAAAAAAAAAGAAAGAGAGAAAAGGAAAAAAUAAGAAAAGAGAGAAAUGCGCUAAAACGACUCGUUCGACUCCUGUUCGACUCUUUCGAGUCGGAGUCCGAGCUAACGUUUGCACCGGAGGAGUGUCACAUGCACCAGAUCCAUAGCGUUUAGUCGUUAAGCGAACGCGUUCGCAGCGCGUUUAUAAAUAUUAUACGUUCGUAUGUCGCUCGAUCGCGUUUGGUCGAUCGUGAUGGAACGCCUGUUGGUGCGAUUACGCGCGCUCUGAUAGAAAAUUAGCCCCAUAAUCGGAGAAAAAGUGCCAAAAGUAAACGCGAACGACGGAUCGAAGGUGUCUCCCUGCCCUCGAGCGUUUCUUCUCCCUAUUUUCUUUUCCGAUUUUCUCGUUUGCUCCAACGUGCCGCGAUCGUUCGGAAUUUCGAGCGAUCCUGGUCGAUGGAGCUUUCGCGAAACUCGCGCGACAGCAACAACGAUCGGCGGCCGGUGCCAAUGGAAACCGACUUAGCCGAAGCAACGGACGGAUUACCGUAUACGCUUCUCACGUGGACGAAGAUUAUUCGCGUGUGGCGCCAGAGAUUCGUUGUUCGAGCGAUCGAUCGUUCAUGUUUGGUAUUUAAUCUGCGUUUUCUCACGCAGAUGGAACGCGCGCUAAUUCUAAAACCUAUUUUAGAGAGUCAAACGAAUCGUCGACAUACAUUGCGUAGUGUAUACAAACUAAGUACGCGUUAAUUCGAACUGGAUGCGAAUUGGGCCUUAUACCAUGGAUUACCUCAAUCGUAAGCAGCUUGCGAGUCAAGUUCCAGUUUGCGAUAACGAUAGAACGAGCGUUAAUAGGAUUUUAGAGUGAUCCCGCGCGAGAAUGGCUCGCUACUCGAUGUCGAUCAGCGUAAUCCAGUCGAUACUUAUACAGGUUCGAUCAUAGUCGGUAUUUUAUCGCCUAUCCGUAUUACCUCUCUGUUCUCGACACGAUUCACCCUGCUAUAACUCGCGCGAAGUGGCGAGUCGAGAAGUGCAAGUUGUUGGCCUCUGCGUCGGAUCGAGAGCGAGCCGACACGCGGGACUCAUUUGACACGGCGUACGACGCACCGCGUCAAACGAUAUUACUGUCUCGUUUUCUUCUUGGUCUUUCGUUCGAUCGGUAACAUGGUGAAAAAGGAAAGGCAGGUUGCCUCCUCCAGUUGUUUUCUGAUUCGCAAAUUUAUCGAAAGUAGAACUUUACGCAUCGACCAUUUCAUCAUCGACUACUACAGUCUUUAAUCUUGAGAUUGAUAAACGCUCAUCGCGUAGUACAGGCAUAACUUGACGAAUAAACAACGUAGUCGGUUCGUCAUAAUGCAAGUACACCUACUUGAAGGAGAAGCAUCGUCGAGCCUGUAAACAAAAAGUUUCGAACGAAGGUAAAAGAAGAAAAGAGGUAAUGGAAAAAGUUAUGCUGGAAUAGCUGGCGAGCCGGAUGCUGAUGUGUUUGAGAAUAUAGAAAGAUAGCUAAUAAGUAAGCAGGGCACGUCGCAGACGCUGGAUUCGCGAUCGUCCGAAUCGAAACGGAAAAGAAAAUUGGAAAAAAGGGAUUAUCGUGACAGCGUUAUCGUUUGACAUAUUGCGCGCGACUAUGAGUAUACAUAUCGUACGCGUGCAAACGAUACAUAGGACGAACAGGGUUGCGUCGAUCGGUGGAAGAGGAAGUAAGCGCAAACGAACUCAACGGAAGAAAAAGAGAAAAGAGAAGAUAGGAUGGGUGCGAAAGAGGACGACCGAACGGACAAGGAGAAACGAACAAACGAACGAACGAAUGAACGAACAAACGAACAGACGAACAAACAAACGAACGAACGAACGAACGAACAAACGAACGAAUGGAUGAAUGAUCGGACGAAUGAAUGGACGAACGAAUGAAUGAACAGACGAACGAAGGGACGAACGAACGGACAAGGGAAUGAAUGAACGGACGAACACAUGAAUACAUGAGCGGGCGAAUGAACGAAGGGGCGAAAGAAAUUUCUGCGAUCGAUCGUGUUCGGUUGUGUACCGAAGUGAAGACUGCUCGCCACGCGUGUCCGGCCCUCGCAGCGCGCAACACUAUACAUAUAUUUUUUAGCUUCCUAUUGCGUAUGCACGUAAUGUUUGUUCUAAAAAUCAAGAGAAGAAUUAAACUGGAAGUUAGGAAGGUGUAUCCAUCUGUAUAGGUGGGUGGGAUGGAAGGAAACAUCGAUUCGAAGAAAUAAGUUGUAUUUUUCGACAAAGACUAGAGAAAGACGAAGGGAAAACGGAACGAACGAGCCCCGUUCGAAAAGUAAUUGCGUUUUCGAUUGACGAUAUCGAUAAACAAACAAACAAACAAGCAAGCAAGCACAUAUACAUACACACAACACACAAACCGUUCGUUGUCGGAAACCUCGACUGACUAGGCCCACGUAGCCAGAUCCGCAGUAAACGACUCUGUCAGUCGUACAGAUUUAACGCUUCCUUGUCAUAUCAUUUCCUCGUCGUUGUGUAUCGCCUGUUAUACACCUUAUCGAUCUGAUCCGUGCGCGCACGCACAAACUCACCCACCCACCCACCCACACACACACAUUUUGCUCCACAUCUUGCCCUUCGUCCCGAGCAUUCCAGCAACCGACUCGGUCGCGCAAUCUCUACCCUACAUCAUUCUGCUACCUCAUUCUCUUUCAUUCGACCCUCGACCCAACGACGAAGCGCAUCGAUUAACUCUUUAUCGCUUAACUAUAAGCUCGAUAUCGCUGUGUGUUUCCUUCGAGUCGAAAUAUCGUUUUACAAACUGAUAUAUCGUUGACAAACUGAUCGAACGGAGGCGUUUAUUAUUUCCUGAAUAUCGCUUGAUGCUCGACAUAACGUUGUAUAUCCGAAUAAAGAGAAUUUCGUUUGGGAAACGAA